GGCCCUUGCGCAGGGGGCAGGGCCUAUAGGAGAUGCCUCGCUCCUGUUUUGUGCUCUCCACUGUCCCUGUCGGAUCAUUCAUCCAGUUCAGCCACCAAAAGGACAGCGCGCUCCCCAUCCAGAACCCACGAUAGUCCCAGGAGCAGGCUGAGACUCAGCAGUGUCCCUUUGGUCCUCCUCUAGAGGCCCUCCGCCGAAACCUUCAACACCGGCCUUUUCACCCCAGAACGGUUCCAGUGCAGGCGGGGUACCAGCCAUCUGGACAGUGCUUGAGCUGCAGUAACUGAGACCACCCUCCCAAGGACCUUCAGUCUGCGCAUUUUUGUGACCUUCUCUGCAUUAGCUGUCACUGCUACAGAUAUUUUUAGCUGCACGUCUCUGCAGGGUGGGGCACUUACCUGAGGCAGGUUUGGUGCCCCCUCCCCACUGACCCUACAUCCCAGGCUGCCGCCUGCCAUUUCAGGAUGAAAGGGGAGACCCCUGUGAACAGCACUAUGAGUAUUGGCCAAGCACGCAAGAUGGUGGAACAGCUUAAGAUUGAGGCCAGCUUGUGCCGGAUAAAGGUGUCCAAGGCAGCAGCAGACCUGAUGACUUACUGUGAUGCCCACGCUUGUGAGGACCCCCUCAUCACUCCUGUGCCCACUUCGGAAAACCCCUUCCGGGAGAAGAAGUUCUUCUGUGCCCUCCUCUGAAGAGUUCUGUUUCUCCUCAGAACUUACCUCCCCCUCCGAGACCCGCCCUUAGAUAGGAAAUUGUAGCAGCGCGUCUACCCUUACCUAUCAUGAGAUUAGUUCAAGCACAAGCCCUCCUUACCCCCAGGUCUGUCUGCCCCAUCUCCUCACCCUUUGAGGCCAACUGCAAGCACCUUUUACUCCAUCCAGAUGGACCCCGCUAAUGUGCCCGAAUCCUGCCUGAUUCCCUCUGUGAUCCGUUCAGGCAAUAGAGAGGGGGUGCCCGGGUGCCUGUCUCAGUCUCACCUGGAGCUAUUGGAAGGGUAAAGGCAUUUGAAGAAUAAAGUCAUCCAGAGCCUCA